AUGGGUGGCAAAGGUGGCGGAGGAGGAGGAGGCAAAGGUGGAGGCAGCGGCGGUGGAGGUGGCAAAGGCGGUGGCGGUGGCACUGGAGGAAAUAGCAAAGGUGGUGGAGGAGCAUUCAUGACUGCACCAGGUACUGGGGGAGCUUCUCAAAUAUCUCGGGGUGGUUUUGAAAGCAAUCCCAAGGGUUACUUUGGCUCUCUCCAUGGCAGUCAGAAGGGCAAGUGAGUGAGUUGUUGGG